ACUAGGUGGAUGUGCUGAUGUUCGUGUCAUAUAACUUUCAUUGUUGACAAUUGUUUGUCAACAAGAUGACAUUAAUCGUAUGAAACUAUCAAACACCUAAUUGCAGCAUUUAAUGACAGAUAACCAAUUCCUCAAGUGAAAGGACCACUUCUCAGGUUCACACAUAUCUUUAUGUUAUGUGCGAAUAAAUGAAUGCUUAUUAAACUUUAAUACUUUAGGCAUGAGGCUAACUCUCUGUUGAGUGAUUAUAAUUUGUGAUAUUGUCUAAACCUAAUGUCAAUUUGGAUUCUGCGUAGCCUUGCAUAAGUUUAAAAGAGAAAAAUGUUGAACCGUUUUAAGUCAGUAUUAAUGAGUGCUGUAGGUGCAAGUGAGCUUGGCCUACAAUAUCCUAAUGAUUCAGACAAUGAUGUGAUGACAGAUUAUAUUAAUUCCAACUAUGUUGUGGAAGUGGAAAAUAAGCCUUAUAGCCGCCCAAGUUUUCUAGGCUUGACAACUGAAGAAACACAGGUGAGUGCAGAUCACAGAGUGAGGCCUAUCAUAGUUCCAAGAGAUCUCAGCCGUUUACCAUGGUGUGCUGGUUACGCAGAAUGUAUAAAUGCUGGAAAAAGUACUUGGAAUGAGGAUCAAGCUUCUGCUACUCGUGGAGAUCUAAAAUUGUCAGAUGCUAACGUUACACUGCCUUAUGUCAUAUUCUCAAUGUUUGACGGCCAUGCAGGGUAUCAAGUUGCUCUUACAGCAAGGUUACACCUACAUAGAAUAAUUCUUGAAAGGUUACUGGCUAUACCAGGAAACAUGUUACUAAACGAAGACGAGGAUGAAUUAAUAAAGGGCAGAGAUCUAGUUACAGGUGCUAUAGAAUUAGCAUACAGACAAAUGGAUCAGAUGGUGGAGAUGCAGGCACAAAGUGGCGGUGGUGGAUGUACAGCUAUUACAAUUUUAUUUCUUAAUGGGAGGUUGUAUGCUGCAGGAGCUGGUGAUUCCAGAGCUGUGUUAGUUUUGGGGGAAGAUCAACGUGCUCUUACCCGAGAUCAUACCCCGGAUUCCGAGUCUAACCGUGUCAGAGCUUUGGGCUUUCUAAGGAGCAACGAAUUGCUUAAAGGUCACUUCACUCCACUGGAGUUUAGAAAGAGACCAUUGCAAAAAGAGUUGGGGUCUAUGGUAUUAUAUAGAGAACCAUAUAUGACAGGUUGGGCGUACAAAACUCUAACGUAUCCUGACUUAAAAUUACCACUCAUUUCCGGACAUGGAAAGAGGAGCAGAGUAAUGGGAACAAUAGGCGUGACUAGGGGUUUUGGAGAUCAUGGCCUGAAAGCAGCCAACACCGGUGUCCAUAUUAAGCCGUUCCUAUCGUCUCAACCUGAGGUGCAGUCUUUGGACUUGGAUAGUUGUAAUCUCACCGAAAGAGAUUGCAUUAUUGUCGCUACAGAUGGACUUUGGGAUGUAGUAUCGGACAAAGCAGCGGCAGCUAUACUUAGGAAGACACUUGCACCUGAUACUCCAUCGUUAGAAUACAGACUCACAAUGGGUGCUCAAGAGUUAGUACAAGCCGCGAGAGGUCGUUUAAUCGGCAGGGUAUGGAUGGGAAAACCUGAAAAUCCUAAUGAAACCGACGAAAAAUUCUCACCGAUAGCAUCAGUGGACGACAUAAGCGUGUUGGUUGUACCUUUAUAUCCCUAUUUAUGUGAACACAAGCAGUGGUUGAAGACUACGCAGCAAGAACGAAGAUACGCUACCGAACCCCUACACAUAUCGACCAACAAUCCCUCAUAAUAAAACGUUAUAACUAUCGAUCGUAUAGUCCAUUAUGAAAUAGAAACACAAUUUUACUACUUGAUAUGCAACUAUUAAUGAAUUACAUUUACCUGCAUUAUCAUAAUAAUUCAUCACAGAUCUGUGACUUCUUAUUAUUUAGUUUUAAAAUAUUUAGCAACGUCUAUUUCGUAGUUUUCUCUUCAAAAUGAUAAAUUAUUGUAUACUGCCACCGUACGAUCGUAUACUUAUCACACAGAAGGCUUUGUUAUCGUUAUUUAAACAUUCCAUUAUAUAAAUUUCAUGGGAACAUGAAACAUUUAUGAUAUUUCAAAAUGAUUGAUAUAUAAGCACCAAUUACUACAUUAGUAUGUAGAUUGUACACAAUAUAUGAUAUUAAAAGAUACGAAUAUUUUUAUAUUGCUUUUAAAGAUCAGCGAUAUGUUACCAUUCAAUAUAUUCUGUGUGUGUUAUGUCGUAUAUUGUCAUUUUUCCGUUAGAAUUCUAUCACAAGAUACUGUACGUGUGAUAUAAAUAAUAUAUAAGUGUGUAGUAAGAUAAAUUGUAUAUAAAUAAGAAAAGCACUGCUACAUUUUUAAACAUGAUAAUAAGUAGGUUUUAUGACGUCGUGUAUUAUAUGGUACAAUUAGCCUCAGUAACUUGUAGAAGUUACUAUCUCAAAUAAAUAUUAUAAACACAAA